CUCACAGACUGCAAUACAGUGAAUACUUUAUUUUAUUUUUGUUAUAAAUUUAGAAAAUACAAUUUUAAUAAUGGUUCGGAUAAUACCUUUAGUAUUUAUUAUUUUAAUCAGUAUCUAUGUGACGAAACAAGCAUAUUUUUUGGAAAAAGAUUUUAUUAACAAAAUCAACAAAAAGGCAACAACAUGGAAGGCCGGUGUUAAUUUUGACCCAAGUACACCAAAAGAACACAUCUUAAGACUUUUGGGAUCUAAAGGAGUACAAAUUCCAAACAAAGUUAAUUAUAAUAUGUACAAGACCGAGGAUGACGCUUACAACUCGUAUGUGGAAAUUCCCAUAAAAUUUGAUGCGAGAAAACAAUGGAUACGUUGCAAAACAAUCGGAGAAGUCAGAGACCAAGGAAACUGUGGAUCAUGUUGGGCAUUGGCAACGAGCUCAGCAUUUGCUGACCGUUUGUGUAUAGCUACAAAUGGAGAUUUCAAUCAAUUGUUAUCCGCCGAAGAAAUCACUUUCUGCUGUCAUUUAUGCGGUAACGGAUGUCACGGUGGCUAUCCGAUAAGAGCUUGGAAACGUUUUAAAAAACACGGUCUAGUAACCGGAGGAGAAUAUAAAUCUGGAGAGGGAUGUGAACCAUACAGAGUGCCGCCUUGUCCUUAUGACGAAGAAGGAAAUAAUACGUGUGCAGGUCAACCAAUGGAAUCAAAUCACAAAUGCAAGAGAAAGUGUUAUGGAGAUCAAGAUCUCGAUUUUAAUGAAGAUCACAGAUACACGAGAGACCAUUACUACCUUAGCUAUUCAAGUAUCCAAAAAGACGUCAUAAAUUAUGGACCAAUUGAAGCAUCGUUUGAUGUAUACGACGAUUUUCCCAGUUACAAGUCAGGCAUUUACGUGAAAUCGGAAAAUGCCUCAUAUUUAGGAGGACAUGCUGUAAAAUUGAUUGGUUGGGGUGAAGAAUACGGAGUACCAUAUUGGUUGAUGAUGAACUCGUGGAACGAAGAUUGGGGCGACCAAGGCUUAUUCAAAAUUCGACGGGGCACAAACGAAUGCGGAGUCGAUAAUUCGACAACUGCUGGAGUACCAGUCACCAACUAAUAAAUUGUGCUAUUUAUAGGAAAAAGCUAUCAUUUUUUUUUUUUUUUUUUUUAAUAAAAACAUUUAUUUGUAAUUUUUACCUUCAGCGGUUACCUACUAAUUUGACAUCUUUUCAUAUCUUGUCAAGUCCAUGUUGUCUAAGACGUCUUUCUGUACUCUAACAUAUUAUAAUAUGUAUUAUAGUAAAGAUGGAGUUGUUAAA